AAACCGAGGCCCCGGGGGAGCUGCAGGACUCGGAAGAGCCCGCCUGUCUGGAACCACCCCUCAGCGAGGAAGAAUACCGGGCUCUGCUGGAGGAGCUUUAGGACGCGGGCUGGGGACGGGGUCGGGGCAGGGCGGUGGCCUCUCUUUCGCGGGGAACCCCUGGCUGGGCACGGAGGGGCGUGUCUUCCCUCCGGGCUGACCCGCCUGGCAUUCCUGCCUUCUAGGUCUGGGCCCGGUGAGAGACUCCGCACAGCGGAGAACUGCCAUUCUUUCCUGGGCGUCCCGGGGAUCCCGGAGCCGGCUCAGGUACCAGCAGGUGGGCCGUCUACCGCGCACGCGCGGGUUUGCGGGCAGCCACCUGGCCUCCUCUGGGAGCAGCCCGGGCAGAGCUCUCUUGCCUUUCCGCCACCCCACCCCCGCCCGACCACCAUCGACCCCCCCCCCCCCCCCGGCAAUAUGCGUCCUUCCCCGGGCCGGGUGGAGACCCCGGUCCCGAGAAACACCGGGCCCGGACAGCGUCCAGGCCUUCUCUCCCUCCCGGGGCUCGCCCCCUCUGCGCCUCCGCUCCAGCGUCGCUCGCCCACCCGCGCCUCUGCGGCCUCCCAGGAGCUGCCACCAUGGAGCGCCUGGCGGCUAAACGCAGACCCCAGACCCCGGGCACACCCGGGAUGCUGACCCUUCCAGGCGGGAGGGAAGGCGGGCACAGAUGGAGAGAGGAACCGGAGACCUAGA